UCCAGGAUCGAGUGGUGCCUUUACCCCAGCACCUUCCCAUUGAUGAACAACGGGAGAAACCGGGUCCAAUAAGCUCGUGUCUCCAUCCUGUGACAUGUACUAGUUUGUUUGCACUGAAGUGAAUGCAGGCAACUAGCUGCUCUAGGCUCAGGCACAGAAAUAUUGUAUAGCUGUGUGGAAAUGUCUCACCUAAAAUAACCAGUGGGUUCGCUGUGCUCUCUCAGCUCUACUUAGUUUAAGAUUUUUUUUUUAAACCAUGUGGUUGCCAUGGUGGUGAGGGGGGAGGAGGAGGGUGUUUUCCAGAAUGCGGGAGGAUCCGACCUUUCAGGUUGGGGCCAGGCUGCACUUGCAAUCGAUUUCCCAGGCAUUGGCAGCUGGGUAGAUGUGCGCCUGGAAGUGUGGGAGAGCCCCGCGUCCCCUUUAAGGCUGGCCUCUCUCCCUCCCCGGUCCCGCCUCCCGGAGCAUGACACGCCGCUCCGAUAGCGAAGCCCCUUUUUAAUUGAGGCUGUCAGGCAGCGGAGCCAGCCCGCGAGGAUAGAAAGCGAAUCGACCGCGGCGGUAGUGUCUUUGGGGCUGGAGCGAUAGCGGCCACGCUGCCAGAGGGAGAGGGCAGCCCAGCAACCCGCAGCAAGCGUCCACCUCCCCGGGGUGGGGGCAGGAGCAAGGCGAUCCCCCUCCCGCCGCUUCUGCAAGUGGAAGGCGGCAUCUCUGCUCGAGCAGGCUCCCCCGGAGGGAGGCGAGCGGGUCUGGCAGCCCUGGGAUCGCUCUCGCCUCCCCUGCCUGCCCCUCUGGCGCCCGCUGCCUGCGGCUCGGUGGUGCACUGGGAGUGGACCGGGGGAGGGAAGGGGGCCUUUCCCUUGCAGCAGCGGCGGCCCGUGUGCUCCCUUCCUCGGACCUGGGGGGCGCCCCCUGUCCUCCGAGCCUCAUGAAAAAUCACCUGUGGGGCAGCUCCCCCCGGGCUCCCAUGGCGGCGGCGGUGCCGUGGAAGAGCGUGGAGUGGCUGCAGGAGGAGCUGGAGUCCGGCGGGGGCAGCUCGCUGCUGCUGCUCGACUGCCGCCCCCACGAGCUCUUCGAGUCCUCGCACAUCGAGACGGCCAUCAACCUGGCCAUCCCGGGCCUCAUGCUGCGCCGCCUCAAGAAGGGCAACCUGCCCAUCCGCUCCAUCAUCCCCAACCACGAGGACAAGGAGCGCUUCGCCAAGCGCUGCAAGGCGGACACCGUGCUGCUCUAUGACGAGGCCACGGCCGAGUGGCAGCAGGACAACGGCGCCCCCAGCUCCGUCCUGGGGCUGCUGCUGCAGAAGCUGCGGGACGAUGGGUGCAAGGCGUAUUACCUGAAAGGUGGCUUUAACAAAUUUCAGACCGAAUACUCUGAGCAUUGUGAGACCAACCUUGACAGCUCCUCACCCAGCAACUCUCCUCCUGCAUCUGUCCUUGGCCUUGGAGGACUAAGGAUCAACUCCGAUUGCUCUGACGGCGAGUCUGACAGGGAGCCAAGCAGUGCCACAGAGUCGGAUGGGAGCCCAAUCCCUAACAACCAGCCUGCCUUCCCUGUCCAGAUCCUACCUUACCUGUAUCUGGGUUGUGCCAAAGAUUCUACCAACUUAGAUGUCUUGGGCAAAUACGGCAUCAAGUACAUCCUGAAUGUGACUCCCAACCUGCCAAACAUGUUCGAGCACAACGGAGAGUUUAAAUACAAACAGAUUCCCAUCUCGGAUCACUGGAGCCAGAAUCUCUCUCAGUUCUUUCCUGAGGCCAUCGCUUUCAUUGAUGAGGCCCGUACCAAGAAAUGUGGUAUCCUGGUUCACUGCCUAGCCGGCAUCAGCAGGUCUGUAACAGUAACCGUUGCCUACUUGAUGCAAAAAAUGAACUUGUCCCUGAAUGAUGCCUAUGACUUUGUGAAAAGGAAAAAGUCAAAUAUCUCCCCGAACUUUAACUUCAUGGGCCAGCUCCUGGACUUUGAGAGGACUCUGGGGCUCAACAGCCCAUGUGAUAACCGCUCCCCCAGUGAGCAACUGUACUUCACCACACCCACCAAUCACAACCUGUUCCAGCUGAACACCUUGGAGUCCACAUGAAGGGGAUGUUGUUUGGUUGGGAACUCGAGCCUUGAAUAGCUUCUCUUGAGCAUUUCAAAUAUUAAAAAAGUAUGUAUCUUGCCA